CCACGAUCCGACCGAUUCGACACGCAGCUCGCCGAAGAAGCAGGUAUCCUGUGGAAUUUGUACUAGCGACUACCGAAAAGGGUAAGCAGCUCGCUGGACAUAGACCUCGGAGAUCAUGUGACUGGCUCUCGAACUACCUCACUGGAGAGUCAUGGCUCAAAUAUACAAUGAAGCCUUAUGGAGCUUCGCUUCCGAUCUAUCGGCACGAGUCCCAUAUUCGGCGGGUAGCGCUUGACCGUGCUUUCAUUCUCGUCCCGGAUUGCCUAUAUGCUGGUGCCUCACCAUGGACUGUGGUGGCUGUAAUCAGAUUACUUGCAGGCCGCACUUCCGCCUUUUCUGCUGGCCGAAUAGCAGCAUGGCGAAUGCACUACAAGUGACCAAGCGACGACGGGCAUGGUCAGCCCGGAAAAUAAGGUGAGAGGACGUGUUGGUCUGGUGGGUCGCAGGCUGGCUGGGGUUAAAAGAAAAACCGUGCUGGGACUGAUAUAGAAACCGAAUCUGAACCCUGAGCAGGGAUUGGCUCGGAUAUCUGCUCAAAGAGGGAUAACGUCAUUUGUCCGGACCAAUAGGGUCAAAGUAGCCAUUGCCUUGGAUAUCUGCCCGUCUACGCCUCUACCUCGAACCCAAAAACCCAUGAUCAUCUGCAAUGACGUGCCAAAACAUUGAGCGCAUGGAGUCGGCUUACCUCGUCCAAAGAUUCAUCAUACAGCGAUAACGCGGUCGGUUGUAAGACUAUCCCUGUUGAUCUCCCACUUGCCGUGCUUACCAUGCAUAGCCGUGCUAAGGCUCCUUUCUCAUCCAUAGCAUUUCGAAAAAGCAGUUGGAAAACAAUGUAUCGACUAUCGUGGGUGCUUAUUAAUAGAAUAUGAUUCAGCUGGAGCACACCAUCUGAAUGAAAAGACACAAUCGCCUGUUGCCUGAACAGUAAGACAUCGCUGCCAUUGCGCGGUCGGGCAGGUAUUGCAGGGACCGUAUCC